AAAAAGAGUUUCCAGUUCAAACUUUGAGUCCAUGAGAAUAUGUACAGUAGAACACAACACAUGCAUUAAUUAUUUAACCUGGAAACUCUUCCACUCAGGGGAAACUUGAAAACUUGAGAAAAGUUUAAAAAGAAAACUUAAAAUCACUCAGAGAGUUUGGUGCAUUUAGCAGUAAUAACAAGUGAUUUGAAGUGAUAUUAUGGAUAAGAGUUGAAGAGUGAUAAGUAUGGAGAUGAACCUAUCUAUUUAUCAAAAAGUUUGAAUCAAGCAUAGCGAGCAUAGUAAAUAUGAAACAUGAACUCUACCUUCUGUGUUUACUUAGUUGUGUAUACGGAGAGAAGGCCCCCCUGGUUCUUGAACACCCCAGAGAUAUGAUGGUUGCUAGAAAUGAACCUGUAACACUAAACUGUAAGGCUACUGGGGAACCUGAACCUAUGAUUGAUUGGUAUAAAGAUGGUCAACUUGUCUCUACAGCUCCAGCUGACCCUUCAAGUCACAGAAUUGUUCUACCGGACGGAAGUUUAUUCUUUCUACGCGCUGCACACAGUAAGAAAGAACAGGAUAGUGGUGUAUACUGGUGUGUAGCCAGCAAUGCUGCUGGUUCAACCAGAAGUAGAAAUGCUACCCUUGAUGUUGCAUAUUUACGAGAUGAAUUUGAACGAUAUCCUGGAGGUAUAAGUGUACUUCUGGGUACUCCAGCACUCCUGCCUUGUACUCCACCUGUAGGGAACCCCACUCCUACCCUUAGAUGGUUAAAGGAUGGAGUUCACGUGGAACAGUCAGAAAACGUUCAAAUCUCUUCAGAGGGUUUAAGAAUCCAAUCUGUUGGAAGAAAAGAUCGGGGUUGGUACACGUGUACUGCUUCAUCUAUUGCUGGUACACGAGACACAGAACCGGUUCUACUCGCAAUAAUAGAAUCUCCGUACUUUUUGACCCAACCUGAGGAUGUGGUGACUGUAGCUGGGUCUGAUAUUGUACUGGACUGCCAGGUUGGUGGAGAACCAGUACCAGAAGUUCGCUGGACCAGACAGGGAAAUCAGGAGUUGGCUGAAAAUAUGGAAGCAGUGACUGGACAAGGUUUAGCUAUAAUGAAUAUCCACCCAUCAGAUCAAGGGAUUUAUAUCUGUGAAGCAUACAACAAGGGCGGAAAGAUAACUGCUAGUGCAAUGAUACAUGUUGAGGAACCUCCUGUUAUAACUGUUAAACCUUCCUCACAUAUACAAACUAAAGUAGGAACUAUCCUAAAGCUGGACUGUGUAGUGGCUGGUAGUCCUAGUCCAUCAGUAUUCUGGAUUCAUGAACCUGAUCAGACAGAGUGGUAUCCAGGAGUUGAACAUGGAAAUAUAUACAUGGCAAGGAAUAAUAGUCUUGUCUUUGUAAACACAAGUCUAGAAAACUCGGGUCACUUCUCCUGUGUCGGAGUUAACUCUGCAGGAGCAACCCUAGAGAGAUCUCAAGUUUUAAUCUUUAAUUUAUCUGAUUUUAAUAUAACCAAGGGUGGAGCAGAUCACUCUAAGUUUUACCACGUGAAUACUGAUCCAGAUCUAGCCAAUGCUAGGGUUGUCCUUAUGGAGAAGACUGUGAUAGUGCAGUCCCUGGUUUCUGAGUCACCUAGCUCCUUGAAGGUGAGCUGGAGGUUGGACCAGGUGGCCAGGUACUUGGACGGAUACUUUAUCAAGUUUAAAGAAUCUCGAGUCCGUCAGGAGUAUACAAGCAUCAAGGUUCUUCAUGCUGGAGCUACCAGCUAUAAUCUGAACAGACUGAAGAUGAACACUGAAUACGAGGUUUUUGUUACUCCCUUCUACAAAUCCGUCCUGGGUCUACCCUCUGCAUCCAGGACUGCCAAGACCCAGCAAGGGUUACCUAGUACAUCUCCAUCAAUACAAAACAUAACACUAACAGAGGAUGGGUUCAUCCUAGUCUGGAGUAAGUUAUCCCAGGAGUUUGCUAACGGAUUCUUGGAAGGAUAUAAAAUACGAGUAAAUGGAUCUGGACAUGAGCUAACGAGUGUAAUCGCUGACCCUUCGGACGUAUCCGUGUAUGUCAAUCUGCUUAAUCUUAAUCUUGUUGAUAUACACACUGUGUCAAUAGAGAUAGCAGCGUUUAAUAAAGCAGGGGUGGGACCGUAUUCAAUCCCAAUGGAGCAGAAGUUAUCAUUAGGUUUAAUUUACGGAUCUCUUUAUAAGUAUGGGACGGAUUUAAGAAUAGGAGCUGAUGGUGGCUCAAUGUGGAUUGGAGCCCUUGUAGGAAGUUUUCUGAUCGCUCUGGCUCUUAUUGCUGGUGCUAUUUAUUUCUACAGAAGAAAGUUUUCUAAGCAGCAGAUUUUUCAAGAGAAAACUUCUCCGAUUCCCACCCUUGACUCUGCACCUACCAAAAAUCAAAGUUUAUGGAUAGACCGGCGAUGGAACGGAGAGGAUAGCGCUGAGGGUUCAAAUUCGUCUGAAAAGCAUUUGCUUGAGCAGGGUGGGAACCAGGUUUCGGAGAAUGAAUAUAUAUACAUAGAUCGAACCAAACUUGCUUCCUUCACUAUAUCCAACUACGGAGUAUCUAAACCAGAAAGUAAAACCCAGGAUUUAGCUCCAUACGCCUCCACGGAUAUUCUGAGAACUCAGACCAAUUCCUCUGUCUACGAAUCAAGAUAUCUCGUUGGCGACAAAGAGUUUCCUCUGACCUCGACUCCUUACCAGGCUAGUGGUCGGGUUCAUAAACCACGACUCAGUCGACAUUCAGCUUCUUCACAUAGCUACGACGACCUGUCCGACCAGUAUGAUGCCUCAAACCUAAACUCUAAGUCAGGAUAUGCCAAGAUUAUACCCCGGAAGAAGGGAACGCCUCCUGUAUUGAAAGGAUCGUGUGAUGUGUGGGCGGUUAAACCUGAGUUUAGUUUAGUGUCUCCUCAAUAUCUAUUCCAGCAUCCAGUAUACACUAGUCAGAGUCAAAUCUUCAACAGUAGGCCUGUAAAUACUACACAUAGCGUUGGGAAUGGUAAAAAGCGGAGUAAAUACCAUAAAAUUGCUCCAAGGACUCUCAAUCCAAAGUUGAUAAAUCCCUACUCAAAGGUACCGAUCAAAAUUCACACUGGUCUUGAGAAUCUUUCCAGUUCUGAAUCCUUUAUGAAUUAUUCUAAACAUACAGACAUUUAUCAAUCAAUACCAGACAAGAGUACUACAGGGGAAUCCAGAGUAUUCUGUACGGAGGGGGAAGGAGUGACAAGUUUUCCAAGUAUUCGCAAUGAAGUUUCACUGUACACUUGUUCAGAAAAUGUGGAAAACACUGGUUAUAAUGAUGAAGAUCUUGACUCUGAUGUACUUGAGGAUGAUAUGUUUAACAAGGAUGACUAUAUUGAUGUAACGAGUGAUGCAGCUGAGGAUGAGGAAUCUGUUGAUGAGAAUUACAAAGCUAUAACUGAUCAUGCUUUAGGUUUAGCAUCAUCGGUUUAUUGAAAACAAUACAAUUACACUGUUUUGUAUCCCCCCCCCCCCCAAUAAAAACCGUAGGCACGUUAAAUUUUUCAGCCAUACAGUGAUAACCAGAAAACAAUAGAAUAAGAAGACGACAUCAUAGCAAUAUUAAGUGUAUUUGAUGUUGUUACAAAGCAAAUAGUUUUACUAGACCUUAUUAAAUCACCAAAUUAGUGAAAUGGGUAUUGUUGCAUGAUGCACAAAUGCUGUGUCUCAUCCUUAUGUGAGUUUUUAUAGGUUAAACUAGAUUUUAAAAGUCAUCUUUAUAUUUCAGAGUUUUCUGGUUAUCACUGUAAACCCCUAUUCCAUUUUAAUCAUUCCAGUUUUAAUUUUUGCUAUCUGUAAAUUCUAAAAGGAUGCAGGUCAAUUAUCUAAAAAAUGAUUAAGUUAUAUAUGUUUAAAACCCUUAAAGAUGAAUUGAACAUUUUUAUCACAAUUUUACUGAGAGUUCGCAAAAAUUAUAAGAACUUUCGAUUAAAGUAUAUCAUAGAUAGAUACAGAUAUAAUACCUAGUAUUUAUACAUAUACAACUCUAAGUUUCAAUUUUUUCUUCUCUGUAUUUUCUAUUUUUCAUUCGUUCUAAAUGCUUAAUCAUGAUUUGUUUUAAAAGUUUUGACUGUUAUAUUAUUUAUGACCUCGACUGCCCUGUGGGUACAGGUAACACACAUCGGACGGUACAAACGUUUGACGGUACAAACGUCGGACGGUACAAACGUUGGACGGUAAGAACGUCGGCUUUUCAAAUGUUGUAAGAAAAAACUUGAAGAUUUGGAAAUAUCCGCAUCUACUAGAUUUGAAACAAUGUGAGUUUAAGAAAACCUCAUUUUAAAGAAAAAUAAUUUCGUUCCUAUCAUGUAGAUUGCCGGCCGAAUACUUGCUUUAAUGAAAAGACCGACUUUUAAUAUCGUCCGACCUUUGUACCGUCUGACGUUUGUACCGUCCGACCUUUGUACCGUCUGACGUUUGUACCGUCCGACCUUGGUACCGUCUGACCUUUGUAGAUCCGACGUAUAUGUACUAGUACGAUAUAUAUAAUACAUACAAAACUAACAAUUUUUAAAAUGUUAAAAUUACAUAAAUUUGUAAAUUUUUACAAUUUUAGAUUUUUUAUUCUUAAAAGAUGCAUUCACUCAUUUAAAUACUACGUUUAACAAAAUUGCAUUAUGUAAGUGUUCUCAUUUUUUAUUAUUAGCGUGCCAAGUUUUAAAGAUUCCUAAAAAUGUACAAUUAAAAGUAUGGAAAUAAUCAUAACUAUAAAAUAAUUUUCUAUCUUUUUGUUUGGUUAAGCAUAGUCCGUAAGGAUUUUGUAACUGUUAAAACUGGUAUAUAUGGUCUAAAUUGCUAGAAAUAUUUGAGCUACAAUUUACAUCAUCCUUAAUAACAUUUCAUGAUAACUUUUUUUUGAAAACUACUGUAAAUAAUUUAUAAACCAUUUGUACACGAUCUCAUAUAUGCUGUGAUAAAACUUCUAGAU